CAGGCAGGCUUGGUGGGGAGGAGGUGUGGGGGUGUCCUCGCACGGGCAGGCUCUGAGGCAGUUUUCGCGGGCUGGUCUUGUCCUUCAGUCUGUGUCUCUUAAGGUGUCUUGCAGGGUUCCGUCGGUGUAGGCUUGGGAGAGAGGAGGGGGAAAGUUGCGCCAUACAGAUGCCCGCAAUGGCUGGGCUUCUGUUCCUGUCUGUGUGUCCGGCCGGACCUAGGGCGGACGUUCUACAGCCUUCAUAAGUGCCUCAGGACUCUGGCGGUUGGAUCAGGGGUUGUGGUAGAAAGGCCUGUGUGAGAACGCUCUGGAGCUGGUAGCCAGCGGUGCCAGAGAGAAUAAAAUCUGUUAAGCUUUAAAAACAAUCAGUGCUGACCGAUGGGGGUGUGGAAAGAGGCUCGAGUCCAGAGAUGUGCUCGGAAGUGACGGGAUGUGGGGCCCCGUGGCUCCUCCUGCCUGUAGGGAAACAUUAGCUUGGAGUUCUACCAUUUGGGAGUGAAGCAGGUUGGAAAGCACCUUGCGGAAACCGCGUUCAACAGGUGCAAUCGACCAUGCAAAUCCCUAUUUUUACGGUCGAUGCAUUUACAAACCGGCCAUUUGCUGGAAAUCCUGCCGCAGUUUGUCUGCUUGAAAAUGACUUGGAUGAAGAAUUGCACCAAAAAAUUGCAACGGAAAUGAACCUCUCAGAAACUGCUUUUAUCAGAAAACUGCAUCCUGGAGAUGACUUCACCAAAAGUUCCUGCUUUGGACUCAGAUGGUUCACCCCAGCCAAUGAAGUUCCCCUCUGCGGUCAUGCUACACUUGCAUCAGCAGCUGUAUUGUUUCACACACAGAAAAACACAAAUUCAGUUCUGACUUUUAUGACACUGAGUGGGGAAUUAAAAGCCAGACAAGUGGGAGAUCAUAUUGUCCUGGAUUUACCACUUUACGUAACCUACCCACAGGUGCUUCGGGAAGUAGAAGACUUAAUAAAGGCAGCUGUUGGUGACAUGAUUGUUCAAGAUCUCCGUUACUCUCCUGACACAAAGAAGCUCUUGGUUCGUCUCAGUGAUACUUAUGAAAGGUCUGUGUUGGAAGAACUGCAAGUGAGUGCACAACACUUUCUGACAGCUGAAAAGACAGGAAAGGUGAAAGGGCUCAUACUCACUCUUAAGGGAAAAUCCAGUGGAAAACAGAAAGGCCAUGAUUUUUACUCCAGAUAUUUUGCACCAUGGUAUGGAGUCCUGGAAGACCCUGUUACAGGAUCUGCUCAUGCUGUUUUAAGCAGCUACUGGUCAGAGCAGCUGGGGAAGAAAGAAAUGCUUGCUUUUCAAUGUUCCCGACGUGGAGGAGAAUUGAAGAUUUCUGUACGUAAUGAUGGAAGAGUUGACAUUGCGGGGCAAACUGCUGUUGUAUUAAAAGGAAACCUGACUUUCUGAAGGAAUUUGCACUAAUCUCUCACAUCUUCAAAUUAUUCAUAUUAUGCUGCUUAUAUCUUAGCUGUAGGCAAUGAGUCACCACUCUCCUCAGAAGUCUUUGAUUACUUAUUGUCCAUUUGAAAAAAUUGCUUGAAAUCGUUCACUUCUAAUCUUGAAGAUCCUUGGUGUUGUUUUCAUUACACUCAACUUCCUACUUCAUAGAUGCUGAGCUUAGAAAACGUCCAGGGACACCUGGUUUGAUUUUCUGCUUUUAAAUGAUUUAUUUCUAAGUUCUGUGUUAAAAGCCUUCUCUGAUUCCUGGACUGAACUGUGAACUUUCUUGAUUGAUAAAAUAAUUCUUUCCCAUGUUCAGUCAUUUGACAUAAAAUCUCACUACACUACUUAAAAAAAAUAAAAAUGUCUGCCUUAUACUGA